UUAAUAUCGUAUUUGUCAUAUAAAGGAUAUGUCCACAUAAACACACUCAUACACAUCACAAAAACUAUAAUCCUGCCAAUGUACCACAAGGCGAUCAGAACCAGCCUAUUCGCUUUUCGCACCACCACGACAAAUAACCUCUUCAUUGAAUCUGGCUUGCCCACACUAGAGAAACAUAUACAGAAUGUCAACACUAGCUUAAUACCAAAAGUUUUAUUUUUAAAUACAUCUAUAAUAUCCGAAGACGUAAAAAAACUGGUACUAUCCAAACGAACAUUCAAUGUUACUCCUUCACUGCUCCGAAUUAUCAAACUAUGCAACAAGUACAACUUGGAAGUAAAACCACAUAGACUACGAAGUUACAACCCACCGUGGACUCUUGACAGCCAAUGUUGCGAUAUAACACUAUACACCCACAAAAAAGAUAACACCCCAAAUUCAAUAUUCAAACAAAUCUUCCUCGAAAAGGCGAACACUUACAAUAAGAGCGGCUGGCAAAUUAUCUUUACUGAUGGGUCUAAAACACAAAAUAGCGUUGCUUUCAGUAUAACAUCGGAAACAGGCUCCUGCAUUAGCAUGAAAUCAAUGUUCCCUUUCUCUUCAGUCUUCUCGGCAGAAGCAGCAGCUAUACACGAAGCUAUAGUAUUUUCCCUUCACAAAAAAACCAAAACUGUGAUAUGUUCAGACAGUCUAUCGGUGUUACAAGCAGUUAGAAAUCCAAUCUGUAACAAUUGGGAAACAAUUAAUCAAAUAAGAGAUAUGUUAAUAAAAAACAAGAAAACGCUUAAGCUCCUAUGGGUUCCAGGACACGCAGAAAUUGACGGUAACACCUACGCCGAUGAAGCUGCAAAAUUUGCUCGCAAUGCACCAAUAAUACGCACCCCAAAAAUCGAAAAGCUUGACAUAAAACGCCAUAUCAAAACGCUUAUAAUACACGAAACACGCCAACUGCGUAGCAGCCACAAACAUUAUCACUAUACUAACAUUAACAAAGAUGGAACUCCUCCACAAUACCCAACAAAUAUACAUGGUUUCAAAACCAGAAUCUUUUCACGAUUGCGUCUCGGGCACACCACACAAACCCACGAAUAUAUUUUGAAAAAGGAAAAUCAACCAAUCUGCAUCACCUGUAACACACUCCAAACAUUAGACCACAUCCUCAACAAUUGCCAAAAAUUUUACAACACAAAAAAAGCAAUAUUUAACACAGAGAAUAUAAACGACGUCCUAGCUACCCCUAGCUUUGCUAAUAUUGAAAAAAUCGGCAAAUUUAUCAAAGAUAUAGAAAUGACAAUCUAAUAAACACAACCUUAAACAACAGUCAAUUCAGAGCUGAUGGUCUCGGCAGCCAAUGCUCAAAUAGAUCAUUUAGUGCUGGUAUUCAUACCAGCAUCUAAAUAAUAAUAAUAAAUACUUUUAUUACGAAUUGAAACGAUUUUAAUGAAUAUUCAUGGUUACCAUUAAUAGU